UUGAAAUAAAAAAAUUAUUUUUUAUAGCUUCAUUAAUUGUGUUUUUAGCUUAAGCUUCACGAAAAAUCAACCGAGUGCAUUAACUUCAGCAAGUCUGAAAUGUUGAUUUCAACUCGCGUAACUUUACGGGCGAUUGUCCAUUGCCUGUUGGCCAUGUUGGCGCUGCUGACAACGCUUACCCAAGGCCAUGGUCAUCGUGGAGGCGGUAAGACUCAUUCGGCAGCAUUGGCGCGACUCGCCAGUGGUGCAAGCCUGGUCCUUGAAAGCUACUCCGGCGACGUUAUAGUGCGGCCAGCGCGUGAAGCGGACCCUGAUAAGUUGCUGCCUGUGGCAACGACUCCGGUGACGGGUGGUAAUAAACGUGUGAAGAACAACAGAAAAUCAAACAAGGCAAAUAACCAGAUGCAACGCGCUGAUGCAGCCGGUGCUCGCAAGCCGGGCUCAAAGAAGUCACCUGCAACCGGCGGCAAGGAGCAGCGACCAAAGCCACAGACCGAGGAGCAUCAGCAGCAUCAUCACCAUCGUGCGAACAAGAGAUCAGGAGCCAAAGCAAAGACAUCAGAAAAUGGACAAUCCUGUGAUUAUGCCAAAAGUGCUUGGUCGGAAUGCGAUGCCAAGACCAACAUGCGCACGCGUACGAUAACUCUGAAGAAGGUCAUGCCCAACUGCCAGCCCACUCGGUCCAUACACAAAAAGUGCAAGAAAUCCUGCCGAUAUGAUAAGGGCACCUGGUCGGAGUGCAAAGCUGGGCAAAUGACACGGGAAGAUAAGGUCAAGGUUUCGGAGGACGGCAGCCAUCAGAGCUGCGAUCUUGUGCGCACAAUCAAUAAGAAGUGCAAUCCAGGUGCAGCCAGCGGCGGUCGCUCAAGCAAAGUGCGCAAGCACAAGGAGAAAGGCACACGUCAGACAUCGCCUCCGGCUUGAGGCGUUGGGGCACAGAUCUAAAUCAACAUAGUAUUUAGCAACAUACACGGAAAACAUUAAUAGCGUUAAGAU